CAGCAGCGGAGCUCUGGAAACCUGUUCUGCCUCGAUUAUCACCUCGCCUUUUUCCAGGCCCGGCCCUACGCCUCAGGCUGACGCCUAGAAGGUGUGAGGCAGCCUUAGACAGCCGCUAGGAAGGCGUGAUGGAAAGACCAAGGAGAGCCAGACCGCAUCCAUGUGGACCUGGUUGCUGGGCCCGGAGUCAUAGCUGUCUUUCUUCUCUGAACUAGCUACUGCCCGGCUUCCUUCGCUUCUUGGUGUUCCCCAACCUCAUCGCCAUCAGAGCUGAGCCACCUCCUUUCCUGGAUAUUGGAAAGGAGCAAGAGGGGUGUGGCCGUCCAUGGAAGCUGGAGGUCACCCAGAGUAGAGGAAGAGGUAUUUUUACUGAAUGCGGUGUGCAUGAGAGGAAUUCCAGGGAUUUUCUUUUUGCUGGAGUCACCAUCUCUGGACCCAAAGGGCAACAGAGCUGGAGAGUGACAAUGACUUGCUGCAAGUCACACGGCCGCGUAGGGGAAGGGACAGGGCUGCAAAACAAGUCCGUCGACGGUGUGACGUAAUCGGAGAGAACCUCAGAUAGGGCUACUGGAUGCGCAUCGAGUGCAUCGACUUUCUACUUCUCAGGCCUGGAACAAUAAGCAGGAUCAAUCCAUUGCUUUUGGCUGCCAGUAAAGUGCUGCGUGUUGAUUGGUCCUGGUUAAGGAAAUGCGAGAAAAGGCGUGCACGUGGGCCCCGCGGCGAGAGGCGCGCGCGCCGGCAAGGACGCGGGUGCCGGGAGGCACCAUGGCGUCGCUCCGUUGCCGCACCGCUGUCUGCGUUAUCUGUUUGGAGAAACCCAAAUACCGCUGCCCCGCCUGCCGCGUGCCCUACUGCUCGCUGACGUGCUUCCGGAGGCACAAAGAGCGGUGCAACCCUGAAACUCGUCCUGUCCAGAAAGAAAUAAGAUCAGCUCUUAUUGCAAAAACUAAAAGGCCUGUGGAAAACACAGAUGAUGACGACUCUGUAGCUGAUUUUCUCAAUAGUGAUGAGGAAGAAGAUAGAGUUUCUUUGCAGAAUUUAAAGAAUUUAGGGGAGUCUGCAGCUCUGAGACGCUUACUGCUCAACCCGCACCUCAGACAGCUCAUGGUGAGCCUGGAUCAGGCGGGCGACAAGGCAAAGUCCAUGCGUGCCUGCAUGCAGGAGCCUUUGUUUGUGGAGUUUGCUGACUGCUGUUUAAGUAUCGUGGAGCCAUCCCAGAGCGAGGACUCCUAAGGUGGAUUUUGUGCGGCCUGCUGAUCCCCGGAGGCCAGCUCACGUGGGGCCCCGCACGGGGGCGGCGCUUUCCAGGCCCCCGAGGAUGCUGAGUGGGUGACGGCCUGUAGGUCCCGCACACCCUUACGUCCAUCGCCCAGGCUGGUGUGCAGGCAGAUGGAGGUACUCGAGAUGGCAAACCCUUUAUGGAGAGAACUUGACAUUCAGAUGGUUGUUUUUA